ACAGAAGCGAAGUUAUGAGCUUGGCGGCAAAUUAGAUUGUUGCCAAAGAAAAGGAAAGGACGAGUCUGUUAUCAUGGGCCUGAAUACAGACUUAAUACACUUAAAGACAGAAUAAAGAAUUCAUAUUACCUCCUGAACAUGUAUUACUUUCUGGGGAAGCUGUUUCAGAUAAGAAAGACGGAGAGAAUUACAGGUCUGAUAUUCAAAAUUAAAGUUUUAAGACUGAAAACAGUAUCGGAAACUUUAUUUCCCACAUUGUCUCCGACUUCUUUAGAGAUUACCUUACAUUACCAGGGACUUAUGUUCUGACAUAGAAAUGCCAAAGCCUGGAAUUCAAAGCAUUUAGGCCCCCCUUCAUCCAUACCGCCUUUCUUAAACCCCUUAUGUGAAGCAAAGCUGGCUCUACAUCUGGUUAGUUGUAGCACUCCGCAUUUCUUAUCGUGCUGUGCUCAAAUACCGAACACGUUGACUUGAAAGGGAUGUGCUCUUAACACCAAGAACCCCCCCGGAGAGAAGAAAAGCAGUCGCACGAGCGUGUCUCCAGUCCCAGGGUCGAUCCCGCUGAACCUCCUUCAUGUUGAACCUUCCACCAGAGCUCCUCGUCCACAAGGGCAAUGUUUUCUCCCUCCUCCACGUCGUGGGAGGACUUCUGAUGGCGGUCACUGCUGGUGGUCGGUGUGUAGAUGUGGCCCUGAGGACGGCCCAGGACCCCGCUAACCUUCUGCGCCUGUCGAACACGCUCAUGGGGCUGAUGGGCCGCCGAUAUCGCACACAUGAUGUGAAUUCUGCAGCCAAACGAAAAGUCAAACGGCUGUAUUUCACUGACAGUUUCAACAGCCUCCUCGAUAUCGCAAGUUCGGCACUGCAAGGAACAUGUGAUUUGCAGGUUCUGUGCUGGUUAUCCGCGUUCCCGGAGAAGCAAACCGACCUGGAACCGACCCCCGCCAACUGCAUCUCUGCACGGAGAUGCAGGAUUCACUACAUCCUCAUUCGUAGCGUGAGCAGACGACCCAUUCUGACACUGUGCAUAGGAGACGGGGGCAGCGAGCUCAACGCCCACAAUCCUGCAAACCAACUUCUGUGGUUGAUCAUCUUCAGCAGCGAGGCACAGGCUCGAGGAGACUUGAUGUUUCUUUUUCUGAGUGGGCAAACAGAACGAAUCAGCGCCGGGUCGGCAACAAACAAGCCGACGAGUCUGACCCUGGGCCUGUCCGCACUGGCCGUGGUCCUUUUCUGGAUGCUUCUGUCUCACAUCUCAGUUUGUGCUGCGAUCUGUUUGGGUUGGAUGGCGCAGCGGCAGAUCCAGAGACUGCUGCAGUCACAGAAACGCUCGUCGUAACGACUUAAGUAUCGCAGGCAGUUUAAGAUUGUUAGAGAGAAUAUAAAAUGCCCUGUGUUUGGACUUUCUCAAUCAAGGAUCUUUCCAGGCACUCACAUCUAAUUUACUGUAACUCUCUGUAUUUUCACCUUCUCGCAGCCUCCAACCGGUCUAGGGCCACUUCAGCGAGGCUUCUAACGAGUUCAGAAAACCUUAUUACCUUUUCUCUUGCCUCCCUGCAGUGGCUCCUUGUUAGCUUUACAAUUGAAUCUGCUGCUCUUUUAUUUUUCUUUCUUCUACAAAACAAUAUGUGGUCCCUGCCUGAAAGACACUGUAUAUCUGAGCUCCUGCAGCCAUAAAACAGUCCAGUCAGACUCCAUUUAUCUGACUUUGUCUUUGAUCAAGGGCUUAAUCAGUUAGGAUGGAGCCCACCCCCCUUAGCCACUGUGAUUAUUUGCGUAAGAAAACUUAAAUACUCUUUUUCUUUGAUUGUUUGCGUGUUUAUUAAUGUAGAUUUGGAGAAUAAAUUCAAAUUCAGAAUUGUAAAUGCAAUAACGAGGCCAAAAAAAACCAAACAAACAAACAAAACAAUGUCCCCAGAACACUACAAGCUAGAGAGGUGGCAGGGUCCACCACAAAUAAACAACGAGAAACAAUAUGAAAUUGCGUUGUCCCUUAAUCUUAGUUGUUCUGUUAGUCUAGACAUAAAAACCUUUAAUCUCUCUUAAACUGAUAAUAAUACAUUUGUUUUUUUUGUUCCAUUUCCUGGCCAUCCUGUAAAUCUCUCGAGCAAACAUUUAAGUCAUUUAAAUAAAGUUUAACAACAUUUAUUUGACUAAAGUUUCAUGAAUCGUGCUUUUUAAAACACCAUAUU